GUAUUAUGGAUUGGAUAUACACACUAUUUGUAUGUUGUGUUGCUCUCUUGGCACCGGCGGCGCUCCUCUUCCGCCUGCGCCCCCGGCCGGGCUCGGGCGCCUCGCGGCUGCCCCCGGGGCCAAGGGGUUGGCCCGUGUUCGGCAACAUGUUCGACCUCGGCCCGAUGCCGCACAAGACCAUCGCCGGCCUCCGGACCGCGUACGGCCCGGUCGUGUGGCUGCGGAUCGGCUCGAUCAACACGAUGGUCGUGCAGACGGCCGAGGCCGCGUCCGCGCUCUUCAAGGGCCACGACGCGAGCUUCGCGGAGCGCACGAUCAUCGAGGUCAUGCGCGCGCACGCCUUCGACAGGGCGGCCCUGUCGCUGGCGCCGUACGGCCCGUACUGGCGGGCGAUGAAGCGGAUGAUGACGGCCGAGAUGCUCGGCCAGCGGCGCAUCGGCGAGACGGAGGCGGUCCGGCGCCGAUGCGUCGCCGACAUGGUGGAGUGGAUCGGGAAUGCAGCUGAGAAAACCGGUCAAAGUCAAACACGCCGCGCCGUCCACGUGGCGAGGUUCGUGUUCCUGGCGUCGUUCAACAUGCUGGCGAACCUAAUGCUGUCUCGGGAUCUGGUGAGUCCCGAGGCAGCGGAGGGUUCGGAGUUCCACGCGGCGAUGCUGGAGCUCAUGAACUGCUCCGGCACGCCGAAUAUCGUCGAUUUGUUCCCCUUUCUCCGGCGGAUUGAUCCCCAGGGACUACGGCGGAAGAUCGAUCGAGGAAUGGAGAAAACGUUGAAGAUCGUCGCCGGAUUCGUCGAGAAACGGAGGAAGGAAAUGAAAUCAAAUCCUAGCGCUAGAAAGGAUUUUCUCGAGGUGCUUCUAGAAUACCGCGGAAACAGCGACGACGAGUGCGAUCAGAUCUCCGAUCAUCAGCUCCACAUUAUCAUCAUGGAGGUGUUCCUGGCCGGAUCGGAGACGACGAGCAGCACGAUCGAGUGGGCGAUGGUGGAGCUCCUCCGCCACCCGGCGGCGAUGGCGGCGGCGAAGGAGGAGCUCCGCCGCGUGGUCGGAGAAGGAAACAGAUUCGAGGAGGCGCAGAUCGAGGAUCUGCCGUACCUGCAGGCGGUGGUGAAGGAGACGCUGCGGCUGCAUCCGCCGGUGCCGUUCCUGGUGCCGCGGCGGGCGAUCCGAGAGGUGGAGUUCAUGAGCUACCGGAUUCCGGAGAACACGCAGGUGUUCGUGAACGCGUGGGCGAUCGGGCGGGAUCCGCGGUGCUGGGAGGAGGCGGAGGAGUUCAGGCCGGAGAGGUUUCUGGAGGCGAGGACGGAUUACAGAGGGCAUAAUUUCGAGCUGAUUCCGUUCGGCGCGGGGAGGAGGAUCUGCGCCGGGAUACCGCUGGCGCACCGGAUGCUGAACCUGGUGCUGGGGAGCCUGCUGCAUGAGUUCGAGUGGGGAGUGGAUGAGGUCGGGGAGAAGGAGAUGGCGGAUGAGAGAGAGAGGAUGGGGGUUACGGUGAGGAAGCUGGUGCCGCUCAUGGCGAUUGCGCGGAGGUGUUCGACCUAAUGCCGGAAUGAAGUUUGUGAAUUGUGAUAGUAAUAGUAUGGCUUUUCUUGUUGUUGAAGGCAAUGUAUUUAUGUGAUUAUGUGUUUUUCAAUCGCUCAUGGCUUGAGCUUUAUUUGUUACGUACUCCCUCCGUUCACAAAUAGGAGUCUCGGUCGGUUUUUUACA